CCGUAGCCAAUCCGGGCCCGCGCUGCCAGUUAACCGAGGAGAAUGGGCUGGAGUUUGGUGGAGUAGCAAAAGCUGCAAAACAGCGCGGAGCGCUCUCGGGGUGGGAAGAAAAAAAGAAAGAAAGAAAGAAGAGGAGGAGGAGAGACAAGCGAGCGCCCGCCCGAUGCCUCCGCCAAAGGCAGCGGGAGCAGAAGGGAGGGCCGGCGGCGAAGUUUCCUAACUCGCCUCUCCAUCUCUGGCCGGCGUCCGUCUCCCGCGCAAGGCGAGCCGCCUCUGCACUUUCUCGGGCGGCAGGAGGGACGCGCUCCGACUAUUGUCCGCGGGUCCUCUUUCCCCGCGCUUCCUUCUCCUCUCCCCCACCCACCCACCCCUUCCCCGCCCAAUAUGGCAAAGGUUCAGGUGAACAACGUCGUGGUGCUGGACAACCCUUCGCCUUUCUACAACCCCUUCCAGUUCGAAAUCACCUUCGAGUGCAUAGAGGACCUCUCCGAAGAUUUGGAAUGGAAAAUCAUUUAUGUGGGCUCAGCAGAAAGUGAGGAAUACGAUCAAGUUUUAGAUUCAGUUUUAGUAGGCCCUGUUCCUGCAGGAAGACACAUGUUUGUAUUUCAGGCAGAUGCUCCUAAUCCAGGCCUUAUUCCUGAUGCAGAUGCUGUAGGUGUAACGGUUGUCUUAAUCACCUGCACUUACAGAGGUCAAGAAUUUAUCAGAGUUGGGUAUUAUGUAAACAAUGAAUAUACUGAAACAGAAUUGAGGGAAAACCCUCCAGUAAAGCCGGAUUUUUCUAAGCUCCAGAGGAAUAUUUUGGCAUCUAAUCCCAGAGUCACAAGAUUCCAUAUUAAUUGGGAGGACAACACUGAAAAACUGACAGAUGCCGAGAGCAGUAACCCAAACCUCCAGUCACUCCUUUCUACAGAUGCCCUGCCUUCAGCCUCAAAAGGGUGGCCAACAUCUGAAAACUCUCUAAAUGUCAUGUUGGAAUCUCAUAUGGACUGCAUGUGACCUUCUGCGCUAUGUUAUAUGUUGAGCUCUAAACACACACAGUACACAGAACACAACCAUCACGGAAACAUUUUCUUUGGAAUUACAUAUUAAACAAAUGUGAAAAUUGCUUAAAGAACACACAACCUGUAGAAAGUUUAUAAGGAAAAGUAUUUGAGUGGAUGUAUAAAUAAAACUAUUUUUGAGUAA